AAAGCAAAGCAAAGCAGCGAGGGCGAGAUUUGCUGCAGGGAGAGAGGAGGCAGCGAAUGGGCUGCAGGAGGUUGGGUGUUGCUAAAAACUGAGCUCGAAUCCAGUGCGGUCGGAGGAGAAUAAUCAGUGUCACAGAGAACCUGAGAGAGAGCGAGAGGAGAGAAGAGAGUGAAAGAGAGAGAGAGAGAGAGAGAGCGAGAGAGCGAGAGAGAGGUAUGUUCUGCUGUUAGACCUUCAGGAGGAAAAGGACGAGAGAGAAGAGAGAGAAAGACAAAACGGCUCAUGUGAAGUCCGGAAUUAAUGCCAAGUUUCUGAAGAGAGGCACCGACUCCGGGACCAGAGGGAAGCGAGGGGGGGGAGCACCAUGGAACAGUGCUUCGACAACGAGAGCGUUCCGUUCUUCUAUAACAACAGCAGGAAGACCCUGAGCAACCAUUGGAGGACCAAGGACAAGCUGGUGGUAGCUCUGGGACUCAGUGUGUGUGUGAUUGUCAUCCUGGCAAACAUCCUGGUUAUCCUCGCCAUCAUUGUCAACCGUCGGUUCCACUACCCCAUCUACUACCUGCUCGGCAACCUUGCCGCCGCCGACCUCUUCGCCGGGAUCGCUUACCUCUACCUGAUGUUCCACACGGGCCCUCGGACUCGCGAGCUGACCGUCAAGACCUGGUUCAUUCGACAAGGGCUCAUCGACACCAGUCUGACGGCUUCGGUCGCCAACCUGCUCGCCAUCGCGGUGGAACGGCAUCAGACAGUCUUUCAGAUGCAGCUGCACAGCACCAUGAGCAACCAAAGGGUCAUCAUCCUGAUCGUCUGCAUCUGGGUCACGGCCAUCAUCAUGGGGUUGAUCCCCAUGAUGGGCUGGAACUGCGUCUGCGACCUGACCCAGUGCUCCAUCAUGGCCCCGCUCUACAGCAAAAGCUACCUGAUCUUCUGGGCGGUCUCCAACCUGGUCAUCUUCUUCGUCAUGCUCAUGAUCUACACCCACAUCUUCAUCUAUGUCUACGGCAAGACCAAGAGGAUCUCCAAGCACACCGCCUUCCAGCCAAAGCACAAGGAGACCAUGAUGAACCUAAUCAAGACCGUGGCCAUCAUCCUCAGUGCCUUUGUGGUGUGCUGGACCCCAGCGCUGGUGGUGCUGCUGCUGGACGGGGUGGGCUGCACCAGCUGCUCGGUGCUGAAGGUGGAGAAGUUCUUCCUGCUGUUGGCCGAGCUCAACUCCCUGGUCAACCCCAUCGUCUACUCGUACCGCGACAACGAGAUGCUGCGCACCUUCAAGCAGAUCCUGUGCCUGCCGUGCCACAGGGAGCGGGGCUACGCGGACGGCGUCAAGUCGCACGCCCUGGUCCAGAAGAUGCUGUCGCGCAACCCCAGGGACACCAGCAGCCAGCAGGACCACUCCAGCGUCUGA